UUGUAUUAUUUUCAUUCAGAAAUACAAUGAUUAGACUGCUAAUACUACUCGCUGUUUUUACAGCGUCUUGUUACGGUAACUCGAAAUGUAAUAUGCAGAAUGGUGUUCGUGUGCACAAUAAUAAACGGUGUGCAUCAACAACACAUUAUUAUGAUUCGCAUAAAGGGGCAUGUGGAUGUGGACACGAUGACUCCCAAUUCUCCUGGAACCACGAUCAUCUGGUAGUCGCAGCUAGUCAAAAUCUCUUCGAUCCCUCUGGGUCGAAGAAGGAUUGGUGUGGAGGUUCUUGUGGAAAAUGUGUUCGUCUAACACCAACAGGUGGAUUUGUUGAGGGUCGAGGAACUGCACCCAAAAGUCUCACACCCCAUACAUUUAUGAUCACUAAUCUUUGUCCACCAUGGGCACCCAAUCAGGAUUGGUGUGCACAGACGGGAACACCAGGACAUACUGUACAUCCCAAUAAAUACGGUUACGAAGUUCAUUUUGAUCUGGAAAAUGGAGCUAGCCAAGUCAGUCGUCUAGGUUGGGAUAACCCGGAAGUGACAUGGGAGUUUGUUUCCUGUAAUGGGCAAAACACUCCAGCCGUUAAUUUAUGGCAUCAGUGUGAAUGUUCUCAUUAAAAUUGUUUAAGUUUG